AUGCGUCACUGCCCGAGUCCGGAAGCGGAUCGUCGUUCACGCCGCCCAAGUCGCGGAGUGGAACGUCUGGCUCACGGAAGGAUCAAACGUGCAUUAGUCCGGUGCGAUCUUCAGAUCCUGGGGACCGUGAAACUCCUGCACGGCAGACUGGCACCUGCCGCACGUCGACUGCUGUUGGUUUCUGGUCGCAUGGCUCGGAGCCAUAGAGACAGAGCUAUUUCCGUGUCAUAUUCGCCGUGUGACGCCGAUGGUGACGACGACGAAUCCGGCAGAGGCUUUCGGGGUACGAAGCGGUCCCGCUGGGUGUCAUGGCAGCAUAUGUCAUCGCUGGGCAAUGUCUUCCCUCGACCUAUGUUUGAAGCCACUCCAGAAGAGAUUGACCCGCUGAAAACCGUCAUAUCAGCUGUCAACGGACAAGAGGUAUCGACCGGACACACGACUUCUGAUCCGUGUAUGAUGGAUAGCAGUAAAAGCCAACUUGCGGCGCCUUUGGUCUUGUUGCAAUGGAGAAACGGCAAUGGACGAACGAUAAAAGUAGGCUAUUCGCGUGCUUCCGUGCGAACGUGCGUGUUGAGGAAGUGGAUCGUUCCUGCCUGCCCUCGCCUGGUUCCUCUGCCUUGCUCCUGGCGUUGCUUGGAGUGGCUGAAUGAUUCCAGGAGUUCUGGUGAUCAAUGCGAGCAGAUUUACGGCGACCGAUGCAUUAAUGAGUUGACCAUCGAUUGCGGUGGAAUCGUGGAGUCGAAAAACCGCCAUUUGCUAGCCAAAGCCAAGACAUGGAGGAGUUCGCGAAGAACUGAUAAGCGUUAUGACGUAUCAUUGGGACUCAAAUUUGCCGAGAAGGCUUGUGUUUGCUUCUCUUCCAACUUCCGCACCGCCGGUUAA